AUGGAUGAAUACACUGCAGAACUCUUCUCUGGCCAGGACGACGGUAAUGAUGGUGACUCCCGGCCCUUGGGAAGUGUGGAGGAAAAGAAACCUCCCGUGAAGCCGGACACUGCAAAGGAGGAGACUUCUCCCGGCCUAUCGCUACAGGACCGGUUGCUUUCCAGGUUCCUCCAACAGCUGGUUCCAUCGGAAGAUGCUGGUAGUGAUAAAGACGGUGGUGAGGAUGUUGAUGCAUCCUCAGAAAGGCCCCCAUUCAGCCUUCCCACGAUGACCAACAACUUCAGGCGUUUUAAUGCCAGAACUCAGACAUGGUCCCUGAUAUGCGUCUACUCCUUUAUCUGCCUCGAUCCAUACUUACUGGCAGUGCUUCCAUUUGUUCUAAUCCUUCUGUUAAUCAUGAUACCCGCCUUCUUGACAAGGCACCCUCCACCACCUCCUUCAACGUCAACGUCUAGUACAACUCCAUACUACUCCUACGAGGGCCCAGCUCUUGCUCCAGCUAAAACCAUCAAACCCGCUGCUGAGACGUCAAAGGAUUUCUUCCAUAACAUGCGAGAUUUGCAAAACUCCAUGGCGGAUUUUGCCGUCCUUCACGACGCAGCUGUGUCACUCAUUGCUCCUGCUACAAAUUUUUCUGAUGAAAAAUUGUCGUCUUCCCUGUUUAUUGCUUGUACCGGCUUGGCGGGUGCGGUCUUUUUGGUGUCGCACCUCUUGCCCUGGCGACUUAUGUUGCUUUUUGCUGGGAACGCCCUUAUACUGUCCAAUCAUCCAAACGUAAAAUCCCUUUUUGAGGCAGUUAAGGGAGCAAUUGCGUCUCAUAGUGCCUCUCAAAAUAAUGCUGAGGCCAACAAGAAGUCCUUCAACAUUUAUGGAUAUUCCAUACCCUUAACUGUUUCUGGCAUCAUGGAUCUCCUCGAUUCAAUAACUGCUAUAUCCCUCUCUGCUGAGCCUGAGGAACGCGAAGUUGAGAUCUUUGAGCUACAGCAUAAAACGUAUUCCUUAUAUUCGGCGUCACCAGAAUGGGAACCCUUUUUAUUCACGACUACGCCGUAUGACCCGCUUUGUCCGUCUCGUAUAUCAGGAGAUCGACCUCGGGGCUCUCGAUUUUUUGAGGAUGUCAGACCUCCCCCUGGGUGGGUUUGGAAGAGUAAAAAGUGGGAACUAGAUCUCGAAUGUCGAGAGUGGGUGAUGGAACGCAUGGUUACUGGUGUGGAAUUCGAAAUACCUGAUAACAAUGACGGCAUCAUCGGUGAGGAAGUGGGAGGUUGGGUAUGGGAUCUGCCGUUUAACACGCCAGAUGAUGAGCAUGCUGUCGAUAUCCUGGCUUACACGGAUUCGUGGGAAAGCCCUCGAAGAAACGCGCAAAUGGCUGCCCAAAUGAGCAAGCGUGCCAAUCAGAAAGACAAGCCUGAAUGGGAAGAAGCCACAAAACAAGUUGACAGAGCUGGCGACUGGAGAAGGAGACGCUGGGUCAGGGUUGUCCGAAGGAUGACUAUUGAUGAGAAGGCAGUGAAAGCAACGCCAGUAUCUUCUUGA